AUGGAGUGUGCCACUUUACCAAGAAGAUUGAAACACAAAUGCGAUGAUCAUGUUUUAUCGUUGCAUCAUGGCGCUGAAAACUCCAACGGUCACUUGUGGUGUGAUGUUUGUGAGGGAAAGACAGAUCCUACUGUAUGGUUUUAUGGUUGUGAUGAUUGUGAGGUCACUCUUCACAUCGAGUGUGUACUUGGAGACAUGUAUUACUUAAAGCCGGGGAACGAAUACGUUGGAGGUGAACUAGUUCCCAACAAUGGUAUGUCUAGACCUAUUUGCAGAGUUUGCGAAAAGCAUUGCAUCAUCCCUUUCCUUCUUAAAAUGACCAUUGCUUCAGAUUCAAGUGUUGUAUACGUUUGUUCAAUCUUUUGUGGACAGAGAUAA